AUGGUGUCAACAACCACUACAGGUGUCUCAGCAAGCACCACGUGCGGAACAUCUGCUCAGUAUGAGCUUCCCGUCAAAGAUGCCGCCUGUGGAGUUCCGAACUCUUCAAAACACAAGCCAAUUAUCGAAGCAUGCGCCAGGCCUGCAGGCGUGCUUGCUUACGACAAUGACUGCGCUCUAUAUGCGCUCGCCGUGGACCAAUCAGUCCAGAGUCUCACGGACUGUCUCUACAAAGAGGGCAUUGAUUGGAAGGAUGUCUGGUGUUAUGGGUCGACCAAUGGUACUGCUACUGCAACAUCUUACCCGACUGCGACUGCGACUGCGAAUGAUACCUCGACUGAAACGUCCAAGUCAACGGGAACUCGAAUUGCGACGAGCUCCACUUCUACGUCCACUGCGAAUGGUGCUCCAUUUCUUGUGUCUGGGAUAAGUCUCAAGUCUGCUCUUGUUGUUUCAUCUUUCUUUGUAUCUGCUGUUUUGUCUGGCGUGUAA